AUGCGCAAAGAUGUAAGAGUGGAGGAGUCCUGUGAUUGGCCGCGCUCCUCCAGAAAGCAUCCAGAAACAGCCGUGCGUGAUCUGCUCUCCUCACCGAGGCAAGCGAGGUGGAGCCAGAAAACUUCCAUAGCCGGCGUGUAUACGUGCUGGAUUGCUCCUGUAGCUGCGACUAGAAACAAACUUGUGGAGGAUUUGGUGACUGGGGCGCAUCACUUGGACACCUGCGCCCGAGGGCAGCGUUAUCUGGGAGCAUCGCAAAGAGGGCAGGCGGCUGCAGGGGGCGCAGGUGUCAUCAAAGCUCCUUUGAGGUGGUGGGAGAUGCAGGCUUCAAUGACUUCACUGAGCGAGGUCAGCAGGCACAUGCACACCAGAGCUUUUGACACAUACAGAUUGUGCUCGAAGACGCUGCAGCGUUCCUGGGAGACUGCGCUGUUUGGCACAGGACCAGCGGAGAGGGGACAUGGAGCUCCAGAUGGCCCGGAGAGGAUGGCCAGAGGAAGAGCACCAUCCAGGCCCAGCUGGGAGUUAGGGGAAGCUGCACCAUAG